GACCUGUCGGGGGGGGGAACCAGUAGUAGUGUGUCCGCUGUUAGUGAGUUUAGUACAUCCUGACACUUGUGGUUCCGCCUUCUUCUUACUAAGUGAGUUAUGCUAGCAGCGUUAUACUACCAGCAGGUAAGUUUACUGUCAGAGCCGGAGACAUCUGCAACAAGCUGCCCGGAGUUAUUGGCAACACAGAGGCUCUGGGGUGGAGCAUCAGGCCUUUCCAGACGGUGCAGUUUGGGAGACUACGGUGGAAUCCAGACUGGGGAAGAAAGAAGCUGUGGAGGAAGCAUGUCCACUGACCAGGAGCCCACGUUCACAGUCAAGAUGCUGCAGCUGCUGCUUCUCUCCACCUACUGGGGAAUGCAGAUUUGGGUCACCUUUAUUUCAAGCUUUGUGAUGGACAACCACUUGAACAGACACACCUAUGGGUUCAUCCAGAGUCGUCUUGUCCCGUUUUACCUCCACUUGGGUUCAGCCUGUGCCUUCUUUAACCUCACCAUCUAUGCUGUGUAUCAUCCCAGCGACUUGCUGGAUGACAGAGAAGCCUUUCAGAUCUUCAUCUUCUUUGUGUCUGUGACAGUCGCAGCUGUAAAUGCCCAGUGGUUUGGCCAGAUGACAUCCGAGAUCAUGGCAGACAUGCACCUCAUCGAGCAGGCGUGCGGAUUGGGUCAGGACAUCGGCCUGUCGUCAAACCGCGAGGUUUACGCCAAGCUGUGUGAGACGGAUGGCAAAUAUAGACACCUCAGCAGUCGUCUGUGGCUGUACAGGUUUCUGUCCUCGCUCUGUAACCUCUGCUGCAUUGGUUGUAACUUCUACAGUCUCUGUUACAUGGCUGAGAACCUCGUCACACUUUAAAACUAACAGCAGCUGGACUGUUAAAUGGAAACAUAGUCACUCCCACAUCACUCCCUCACAAAUCUAGAAACUCAUAUUUUUGUGUAUCAAAGCAGUAAGUUAUAUAUUUAAUACAUAAAGUAUCUCGCUUUGCCUUAUAAGCUGUGAGAUAAAAAGUCUGGUAAAUAUUCUGGUGCCUUGGGGAAUAAUGAAAGGAUACAGCCUCCAUACUUAGAUUUAGAUCCUAGUGUUUUGUUGGUUUUGAGACGAUCGGUCACUGAAGCUGCAUUUCUCUCCUAAAGGUUGUUGGGAGACAAAUCAGUUCCUGCAAUGAGUAAUGCCUCACCUUUCACCUAGUGUGGCUGAGGCCGGUGGCACCCUUGAGAUUUCCCUUUACCAUUACACUAUGGUACCUUUUUCAGGAUCCUAAAACAUGAGGAAUGUGUUUAACAUGUUUGUAAUUGCAUUAUCAGAGACAUCAUAGCAACAAAUAGCCCAAUGCACUGCACCUUUUUAUAUGAAAGCAACAGAAAUGAAUUCUUUGCUAAAUGAAUUAUGGGUUCUGCUCUCCUGCUGCUCAGUCCUGCUCUUCCUGUUUAGGUGCAGUUUUUAUAACUUGGUCACAGUGUGGUGUGACAGGUUUUUGGUUUUUUUUUCAGGUUUAUCUUAUCUUUGUGCUGCUUGCUGCUGGUAUGGAAAAGAAAGGUUUUACUAUAUGUUAUACAAUCAAAACUGCUUUUAGCCUUUCCGAAACACACUUGGACCAGUCAUGUGAUUGUUAUAUCGGAGUUAGAACCAAUCCAGUGUAUUGAUCUGUAGUCAGUGACAGUAUUGCUAUACUGUUGGUGAGCACAGUGAUCAGAAUGGUCUUUUUUCCCCCCUCAACUUCACAAGUGUAGUUUAAAAAAGAAAAACCCCACCAUGACCCUUCAGGGGCUCCGUAGUAUUGUCUAUUUGAAGACCUGAAUGAUAUCUCUACACUCUUUCACUAACCAUACCAGUAUAACCGCCAUGUACAUUGUUACCUUACAUUGUGCAUAAAAUGGAAAUUAACCUGUUGCCUUAUUUACUCAACACCACUAUGUACUGUAUGUCUGAAUGUGUUCAAAGAUUAUGAUGUAGCUGUUUGGAAGUUACGAGUCAUGAGUUGUGUUCUGUGGUCUCAGGUGUCAGAGCAUCUUUGCUUUGUUGUUUGUUUCCCAUAUCAAGCAGAGAGGAUCCGUGGUAAGCUCUGCUGUCUUCUCUUGCGCAUGUUGAAAUGAUGCUUACAAACCUCUUUGUGCUAUGAUGGCCCCUCCUUGUUGUAACUGCAUCAGUGAAACUCCUCUAUCGAUUAGUUUUGUCUGGUUUCUGUUCGUGUUGGCCUACAAUAUAUUAAUAUAUAAAUAUUAAACCAAAGUAAAACCAACAGCAACAGCACCUCCUUAAUCAGGGCAGAGGCAGCAGAGUACAGUUUCUGAAACUCCUUUCUUGUUUUUCUUUGGUUUGUUCAGACUUGAGUGAUGAAGGUGCUUAUUAUAUGCCCAUUACUAGCAAACACAAUGCAAUAUUACCUGGUAGUUUUUGUACUGUACUGUACACAUCCUUACCUUGCCCGUUAGCUUGGCCAGUUUAAAUUCAUAUAAAAUGACGGUUUUGUGCAUAUAGAUAAAAGCUAUAUUUGGACACUUUAGCAGACAUUUUUACAUUAAUUAGUGGAUAUUUAUGCCAGUUUCUCAAUUUGUUUGAGGGUUAUAACUGUGAGUGUGGCUCGUGUAGUACUGAAUGCAAGUUGCCUGAAGACUAGUGAGGUCAGAGGUCAUGAGCUAUUUAUGGUAGCGGGUUUGUAACAGAUGUUUUGACAUGUAUGGUGUUUUUUUUUAUUUUUAUUAAAAUGUUACCUUUCA